AUGGCAACAGAUGAUGCCUUCGAAGCCCAGCCGUUGCCAGGGAUGCUGGAGGCGGCGGAGGGGAUGGAGGAGGAAGAGGCCCAGAAGCAGCAGCCGGCGGCGGAGGAGAGGUUGGGGUGUGGGCUGCCUGGGGAGCUGACCCCCCCGGAACCCAGCAAGCCCUGGAAAAAGUUUAUUUAUUGUGAGCCACAUAAAAGAAUUAAAGAAGUACUAGAAGAAGAGCUUUUUAUUCAAAGAGAUGAAUGCUGCAUUCAAACCCCCUCAACAGUGGCUCUGGAAGGGGUUUGGAGUAUUAAAAAGAAUCUCUCCGUGGGAGGCUUGAAACCAGGAUCACAGAAUAGGAACAAUUUACUUCCACAACUCAAGUACUAUUCCAGACAUGGAGGAAUAAAAAGCUCUUUGGAGAACAAGUUUGGCUUCACUGGUUGCAGAGCCCAGGACCCAGGAGACUCUGCCCUCCCCUGCUCCUGGAUUUCUGGGCAUUAUGCAACUAGAGGGAGUGGAAGGAAGAAGAGGAGGGAAUUAGCGCAAACCUAAGGAUAAGAGAAGCCUAUCUCCUCCAUUGAGAAACUACUUCCAUUUCAUGGUUGUUCCAGAAGUUGAGAGGAAAUGGAAUUAUUUUAUCACUUUGAUUAUUUUCCGAGCCACGUUCGACACUGUACCACAAGCAUGAACCACAGUCUAAAAUACGUAAAACCAUUAAAAAAAAUAAAAUUUCUCAGUAGUUUGA